AUGUAUGAAAGCCUGUCAGAUCUAUCACAACGUGUUGUGUUUGAAUUUUUUUGUCAAAAUUUUGUGUGUGUGUGUGUGUGUGUGUGUGUGUGUGUGUGUGUGUGUGUGUGUGUGUGUGUGUGUGUGUGUGUGUGUGUGUGUGUGUGUGUGUGUGUGUGUGUGUGUGUGUGUGUGUGUGUGUGUGUGUGUGUGUGUGUGUGUGUGUGUGUGUGUGUGAUUUGUUUGCUCAACACAACAACUCGAAAAGCUUGUGUUGUUGGCGGUAUACACAAACACCAAAAUAUGGCGGCGGUGCAACAGACCAAGAAGGAGGUGGAAGAGCUGUACAUCAAGAGCUUGCGGUGCAUGGAACAGGGCGAGGAGUCACGCGAUGCUGCUGAAAUGACCGUUUCGGCCUUGAGCCAUGCCCGCCUGCUCAACAACCAUACCCGUCUAUUGCACCUCAUUGAGACAAAUGCCACCGCAAACGCGCCAGAGCACGGUGUUGUCCUGACCAGCAACGAGACAGAUGCUCAAGCCGAUGAGCUUCUUCACUGGGCAGAGGCGAUGAAGCAGGCCUCGGAACAGAACAAUAAGGAUCUUCGCGCCGCCCACAAACGCCGUAAACAACAGCAAGAGCACCAAGCCACCCAUUUUACACAGUCCAUCAAGCGUGCCAAGCAAUGCAAAACCGUGAAAGACCUUGAUGCGCUACAAGCUGAAUUAAAUCUCCCACCCCCGGCCGACGGCAUUCCCAAACGACGCACGGACCUUGAGGCUGAAAUUGACCAGCCGACCGAGGCAGCUGCUCAGCGGCAGGAUCAGGAGCUGAUCCUCAUCCAACUCUGAGGCAGGGUUGUGUGAGUGAUGCCAAUGCUUGCCUC